GUAUUUAAUGUAGAGAUCUCGUUCACACUCCAGUCCAGUUGGUGGCGGUACUGCGCCUUUAAGUUGGUUUGCCAACCCCCAAUAACCCACGAAGAAGACGAAGACGAAGAAGAAGAAGAAGAAGAAGAAGAAGAAGAAGAAGAAGAAGAAGAUGAAGUAGUAGUAGUUUCGAUUUCAAUGUGGUCUCUCUGCACCCAUGUUGGCUGCAGAGAGCGAGCUUUGAGUCGCGAGUCAUUGAGUUAUUGAGUUAUUGGGUGUUUUUCUGCGCGAGCAUGUUCGGGGUGAAGAACAAGAUAACAGCGGAGCAGGCAGCUGCUUUAUUACUAGAACUACAACAAGAAGACGAGUUGUCCUCUUUGGACAGCGAGGACUCGGGGGACUCGGUGGACUCUGAAGCUGAGGAGGAUUUUCCCAAUGGAUGGGACCCUGAUCCAGAUCUAGAGCCCGUGGAGUCUGACUCAGAUUGGCAGCCAGAGGCAAAGAGGGCCAGGCAGACCCCAAGGUCUCCUGAUGAGGAAGGGGAAGAAGAGGAGGAGGAGGAAGAAGAACUGGAAUUCCAACCCUCUACCUCCACACCGCCUACCAGACGGAGGAGGGGGAGACCACGGGGGAGACCACGGGGGAGAGCAGCAGGAGGAAGAAGGAGCACCCCAGAGCAGAGUCCUGCACCUGGAGAUGCGUGGCAGGGCACUGAUGUGGAGGACGUCCCUCCUAGACAGCCGAUAUUCCGCCCAGCACGCACUCCCGGUAACCAGCUCGCGGGUGGUUCACAAUACUCGGUUUUACAAUUAUUUCAGCUAUUUAUGUCAAAUGAAACACUUCAAGGCCUUUUGAAUAAUUCAAACAAGUUCGGAGAAGCCGACCACCCUGAAACCUUUGAGAAGAUCACGAUGCCCGACAUGAUGUCUUACCUGGCCAUGAUUGUCUACAUGGGAUUAAUCACGACCCCGACCAUCAACGACUACUGGAGAAGGUCGGAGCUGUACACCUUUUCCUUCCCGUCCAGUGUGAUGUCGGGGCGCCGGUUCAGAGCCAUCUCGCGCGCCAUCCACAUCAGUGACCCCGACGCCGCCAACGACCUGAAGAGAGGCACCGCCGGGUACGACCGGCUCGGCAAAAUUAAGCCGAUGUACGAUGAGAUUAAGAAGGCGUGCAUGGCAAACUACCACCCCCGCCAGUGCGUUGCCAUUGACGAGAGGAUGGUGGCCUCCAAAGCCCGCAAUGGCCUCCGCCAGUACAUGAAGAGCAAGCCUGUGAAGUGGGGCUAUAAGCUGUUUGUGCUGGCGGACUCCACCAGCGGGUACACCUGGGACUUCUUCGUGUACAAAGGAAAAGGGUCGCCGAUAGUGAAGGGGCUCGGCUACGACACCGUGAUGCGGCUCGUGAACACGCCGGUGAUGGGUACCGGGUAUAAGUUAUUCGUGGAUAACUUUUACACCAGCCCGGAGCUCUUUCGGGACCUGCUGCAGAAGAAGAUCUGGGCCUGUGGUCCCAUUCGCCGCCACCAAAGUGGGUUCCCCAAAGACCGGCCAGGCCGGCUUGACAGGCGGGCUCCCCGGGGCGCCAUCCGCUGGAUCCGCGAGGGGCCCGUGGUCUUCGUUCAGUGGAGGGACACCAGAGAUGUGCUGAUGUGCUCCACAAUCCACGCAGCACAUGGAGAGGACACGGUCCAGAGACGGAUCAAGGGGGCAGAUGGACGGUGGUCUGUGCAGGAUCUCUCCAUCCCCCCAGCCAUCAAGGACUACAACAAGUACAUGGGGGGCGUGGACCUGUCCGAUGCCCUGAUUGGCUACUACACCAUCCUGAACAAGACCGAGAAGUGGUACCGGUCUUUCCUGUUCCACUUCGUAGACAUCGCCGUCGUCAACGCCUUCAUCUUGUAUAAGGAGCUGGCCACCGCGAGGAAGGAGAAGGUGAUGUCCCAGAAGACCUUUCGCGAGACCCUGGUGUUGGAGCUGAAAGCGGUCGGGUCCACCUCCAAUGCCCAUCCAAUGCCCCCCCCUCCUGCUCCCCCAGGGGCCUCACACAAACCUGUUCAUUUUUGCCUAGAUAGCCACUUGGGUCGGAGGAGGUGUGUCCACUGCGGCUUGAAGACCACCGUGAAAUGCUCCUCCUGUGACGUGUGUCUGUGCUUCGUGAUUAGCAGGGACUGUUUCAAUGCCUGGCACACCCUGAACAACUUAUAAAGACUUCUUUCUCUAUAUUUAUGUUAUUUUUAGUUAUUUAUGUAAAUAGUUUUGGUCAUUCAGCGGUGUGUGUGCAUCAGCUGUUGGGUUUCUCAACUAACUGAAGGUCGACUGCCACCUCCGUGCAUAUCACAGCACAUGCUUUGUCUUUUUUUUUUUUUAAGUAUGGUGUACAUUAUCUCAUGGUUGAAUGUGUUUUUGUGCGAUUGUGUAUGUGUUGGCUACCUGUUGGGACUUUAACGGCAUUUCGAAGUUCACGUAUGUGUGUUUUUGUAUUUUGCACAGUUCAGUUUGGCAUUUUUCUACUAUUAAUGUAUAAAAAGUUCCCUUUUUUUUGCCCUAUUUUUGAUAAAAUCUCUUGAGCUGAAUAGAAGAAAAUAUGCGUAUUGUGUGGUUAUGCUUGUGUAAUGCCGAGCCUAAAUAACUGACAUCAAAUCCAAAUACAUUGCAAGGUACCUGAGAGUGUUAGCGUUCAUUAAAGACCAAGAUCAUGUUUCUGGACAAAGAUGUUCUUAAGUUAUAACCCUUUCGAUACUCAGCAUGCAGUCGAGAGCGGCUUUUUUUUUGCAGUUCCUACAACACAACGUUCCUAUAACUUUAGUUUUUCUCGUGUUCCAACUGGACCAAUUUGGGGAUAAUUAAGAUUAGAUUAGAUAAUACUUGAUUCAUCCCACAGUGGGGAAAUUCCCUUGUCACAGCAGCAGUUUCCUACAGUAAAAAAGCAAAACACACCAACAAGCAAACAAUGUACCAAAAGCAUUGAAUGCAUGUAAAGUGGCGUUACAUAAAAGGUAUUUUAAAGUAAAGUGAGGUGGCCAUAGUACAAAAUAUUGCAGUGUAAGUAAGUAAUGUUAAAAUUAAAUUGAAUAUGUAAAUAAUAUAGCAAUAGUAAGUAACC